AUAAGCCAAACAGACUGUGAGCACUGGCUUUCAGCUCCUCUGGACUUUUUACCCAGUUCUCCUUUUUUGGCCCAUGUGCUGCAUCCUCUGCCCUCAGUGUGCACCUGGCCCCCAACGCAAUGUGUGUUUGUCAAACCAUGGAAUUGGGGCAGUAUGGCAAGAACGCAAGUCGGGCCGGAGACCGGGGAGUCCUCCUGGAGCCCUUCAUCCACCAGGUGGGCGGACACAGCAGCAUGAUGCGCUACGACGACCACACAGUGUGCAAGCCCCUCAUCUCCCGGGAGCAGCGCUUCUAUGAGUCCCUCCCUCCUGAAAUGAAGGAGUUCACUCCUGAGUACAAAGGCGUGGUGUCUGUCUGUUUUGAGGGGGACAGUGAUGGUUACAUCAACCUGGUGGCGUAUCCAUAUGUGGAAAGUGAGGCUGUGGAGCAGGAUGAUACACCAGAGCGGGAACAACCUCGGCGCAAACACUCCCGCCGAAGCCUGCACCGGUCAGGCAGUGGCAGUGACCACAAGGAGGAGAAAGCCAGCCUGCCCCUUGAGUCCUCUGAGAGUUCCCAGGAGGCAAAGAGUCCAAAGGUGGAACUACAUAGCCACUCAGAUGUCCCUUUCCAGAUGCUGGAUGGCAACAGUGGUCUGAGUUCUGAGAAGAUCAGCCACAACCCUUGGAGCCUGCGCUGUCACAAGCAGCAGCUGAGCCGCAUGCGCUCUGAGUCCAAAGACCGAAAGCUCUACAAGUUCCUCCUGCUUGAGAAUGUGGUGCACCACUUCAAGUACCCCUGUGUGCUGGACCUGAAGAUGGGCACCAGGCAACAUGGCGAUGAUGCAUCUGCCGAGAAAGCAGCCCGGCAGAUGAGGAAAUGUGAGCAGAGCACGUCUGCUACGCUGGGUGUCAGGGUUUGUGGCAUGCAGGUGUAUCAACUGGACACAGGGCAUUACCUCUGUAGGAACAAGUACUAUGGCCGUGGGCUCUCCAUCGAAGGCUUCCGCAAUGCCCUCUACCAGUACCUGCACAAUGGCCUGGACCUGCGGCGUGACCUUUUUGAGCCUGUCUUGAGCAAACUUCGAGGCUUGAAAGCUGUGCUGGAGCGGCAGGCCUCCUACCGAUUCUACUCCAGCUCCCUCCUAGUCAUCUAUGACGGCAAGGAGUGCCGGGCUGAGCCUUAUCUGGACUGCUGGUCCGAGAUGCGUCUCAAGCACCCGGACACGGGGCUCCCAGAAGUGGCAUCACCCUGUGGUUCCAGCACCAACCCCAGCAGCACCAGCCCUGAGGCGGGCCCCUCAUCUCUGCCCAAGGUGGAUGUCCGCAUGAUCGACUUUGCACACAGCACAUUCAAGGGUUUCCGGGAUGACCCCACUGUACAUGAUGGGCCAGACCGAGGCUAUGUAUUUGGCCUGGAGAACCUCAUCAGCAUCAUGGAACAGAUGCGGGACGAGAACCAGUAGGCCCAACUAUGGGCCCCUAGAACCCCUUCCUCUUCACCUACGGGCAGGGACCAUCGCUCUGAAUUCACCGUGAGGACACACAGACUUUGCUUUUAAAGGGUUAUAUUUCUCUUUGGUGUUACACUAAAAGAAAUGUUUUUAGCUGUAGCCUGGAAUUCAUAUAUAUACAGUGAAGGAGGAUAGACCACAUCCUCUUAGCCAGGCU